UCCUGCAGGAUGGGACCUGUGUACUUUAGAUACAACAGACACGCUCAGUAGUAACUGAUUUUAGAUUCUGUCAGUAGGGGGCGAUCUAACCAGAACAAUAACGCUGUGUCACACCCUGAUCUGGUUCACCUGUCCUCGUUAUUGUCUCCACCCCCUCCAGGUGUCGCUUGUUUUUCCCAGGGUGUAUUUAUCCCUGUGUUUCCUGUCUCUCUGGGCCAGUUUGUCUUGUAUGUCCAAGCCUACCAGCAGUUUUCCCCGGUUUCCUGUUUUGCCGUUUCUCCUUUUGCUAGUCCUCCCGGUUCUGACCCUUGCUUGUUUUCUGGACUCCAUGCCCACCUGCCUGACCAUUCUGCCUGCCCUGACCUCGAGCCUGCCUGCCCUUAGGUACCUCCUGGACUCUGAACUGGUUGUGACCAUUUGCCUGUCCACAACCAUUCUCUUGCCUACUACUUUUGGAUUUAUGAAACAUCUUCAACUCCAACCAUCUGCCUCCUGUGUCUGCAUCUGGGUCUUGUGUCACGAUAACAAUGUAUCCGUGUAUAUGCCAUCGAGAUAUUAGCAAAGAUACCUCCAAAAUGUUUAGGUCGACAUUCAUUCCAAAAUUAAUUAGAAUCAAUUCCGAUUAAACACAUUGAUAUUGUGAUUUUAAGCUAGAUAUUCAUACAAUUAUAUUUUUUUAAUGUUUUAAACAGAAUUAAAGAGUUUUUGCUACCAAAUAUGAUGAAAAUGUUCUGCCAAUUUAGGCAAAAAAAGAGCACGUAAACCUAUUAAAAAUGGCCCAUGUGGAUGUGACAGGCUCUGCAUGCCCUUUAUAAUCCAUAGGAUUAAGUGAAAUUGUUUAAAAAUCCUUGCAAUUUAACCUAAAAAGGAGACUGCUUUGCUUCCCAAGCUCUCUCCUCUUGAGACAGAGAGAGAGGUGGUGCUCAGUUGUGAUGUUCUACCUCACUUCUGCACGCUUUUUACGCGCACGGUGGGAAGCUAAUUAAAGUGGAUAUCUGACUCCUUCAUCCUCGCAGGGGGUCAAACGUCAGAGUAACGUUUAAAACGCAGAUAUCCUCCAUGUGCAUGACGGUGUGAUUCAUUUCACUUGAGUUGUUGGGUUAAAGCACUCAGUCUUGAAGUCACUCUGCACCAUGACGAACUCAUGAGGGUUUAGUGUACAGUGGAUUCUUUGGAAAGCAAUCUCCCCCCAUUCUGGAAAAGAAAGGUUUCAAACGCACAUUUUCAAAACUCAACGAAAGCCCUACAAGAAGUAGCACUUUUGAACUCUGUCGAGAUGGCAAUGGCAUCGCUCCCGUGCGCUCUGUGCAUAAUAUGGAUAUGUCUGAUCUGUCAUUCGACGGGAACGAGAUUUAUUUACCAGUUUCCCGGUGUAACUGUUCAACGUGUCAACUCGGAGCGGAGCGCGAGAACCGGUUCACCACUCAGCGGAUCAAACACCCAGCCCAGGAACUGGUGCCAGUUCACAGUGUCGAGGACGGUGACAUGCCAGGUGCGCAAUGGGACAGAGACCACGGUGCAGAGAGUGUUCCAAGGCUGCCGCUGGCCGGGACCCUGCUCCAAACUCAUCAGCUACAGGACCGUGGUCAGGCCGUCUUACAUGGUGGCCUAUCGGCAGGUCACUGCUCUUGAGUGGAGGUGCUGUCCUGGGUUUGUAGGAGAUCAAUGUCAAGUAGAGUGCAUGAACUGCACCGGCUUCACUGACAUGAACAGCAGACUGAACUACAUCGAGUCCAAGAUUAAGAUGCUAGACGGGGCAGGUUCACCGUCACCGUCCUUCAACAACUCAACAGAGGGCUCCAGUGAUAACGAGGUGUACACCACUAACCCCACCCCCAUAGGCCCUCCAUCCUACCUGCAGCCAGGAGGAAGAGGACCACCAGGACCAAUCGGAUCACCAGGAAUUCCAGGUCCAGCUGGCGAGGCAGGGGUUCCAGGACAGACCGGACCGACAGGGCCAAUGGGAGAGAUCGGUCUUCCAGGCCUCCCUGGACCUCCAGGCCCUCCAAGGCCACGUCCCUCCUCUACCCAGCCGAGGGGUGACAUGUUCGGGUUCGACGAGCAGGAGGAGACCCCUCUUACUUCAACUCUUCCUGACUUCGUAGCUGGCCCUCCCGGUCCACCUGGUCCCCUUGGACCCCCAGGUCCCCCUGGACCAAUCGGCCCAGCAGGAGUCCCAGGUCUCCCAGGGCGAGACGCAGAGGGAGGCCUCCAAGGCAUGGCUGGGGAUCCUGGGUCUAAAGGAGCCGCAGGGGAGAGGGGCCCUCCAGGAUUAUCAGGAGAGCAUGGCCAGCCUGGGCAGUCUGGGCAGAAGGGAGAGCCAGGAGAGGGUUUUCCUGAGGGGGGCGCUGAAGGAGUGCAGCAGCUGAGGGAAGCUCUCAAGAUCCUGGCAGAGAGAGUUUUGAUUCUGGAACACAUGAUUGGUAUCCACGAGAGUCCAGUGGAGUCGGGCUCUGGACUGGAGAACCUACCAGACUCCUUCUCAUUUCCCUCCACCAGGACCAGGAAGGCAGAGUUCACCAUGAAGACAGGACGACUUCAGCCUCUCCAACUCUCCUCCAAUCCUCAGGGAAACAAUCUCCCUGUAGAGGUGGUCAGACAGAGACGAGGUCUUUUUUAAGACGCCAAUGAAGGUUUUUUAAAUAUUUUUUAGAGGGUAAAUCAGCUUUAAUCUUGCAGAUAGAUUUCACCUUCCAUCAAUGUAAUUGUCUGCAUAAUUUCCAAACCCCUAUAUAUUGUUUAAAAAAUAUAUAUAUAUAUAUACACAGUAUAUGUGCAUUCGGAAAGUAUUCAGACCACUUUACUUUUUCCACGUUUUGUUACGUUACAGCCUUAUUCUAAAAUGUAUGAAAUAGUUUUUUUGUCCUCAUUAAUCUACACACAAUAUCUCAUAAUGACAAAGCUAAAACAGGUUUAAAAAAUGUUUGCACAUUUAUUACAAAUAAAAAACAUCACAUUUACAUAAGUAUUCAGACACUUUAAUCAGUACUUUGUUGAAGCACCUUUGACAGCGAUUACAGCCUUGAGUCUUCUUGGGUAUGACGCUACAAGCUUGGCACACCUGUAUUUGGGGAAUUUCUCCCACUCCUCUCUGCAGAUCCUCUCAAGCUCUGUCAGGCUGGAUGGGGAGCAUUGCUGCACAGCUAUUUUCAGGUCUCUCCAGAGAUGUUAGAUCGGGCUCAAGUCCGGGCUCUGGCUGGGCCACUCAAAGAUAUUCAGUCUCGUCCCGAAGCCAGGAUUGCCUAGUUCGGUUCCCAACGUGAAGCAUGGAGGAGGAGGUGUGAUGGUGUGGGGGUGCUUUCCUGGUUACACUGUUAGGGAUUUAUUUAGAAUUCAAGACACACUUAAUCAGCAUGGCUACCACAGCAUUCUGCAGCGAUACGCCAUCCCAUCUGGUUUGCGCUUAGUGGGACUGUAAUUUGUUUUUCAACAGGAGAAUGACCCAACACACCUCCAGGCUGUGUAAGGGCUAUUUGACCAAGAAGGAGAGUGAUGGAGUGCUGCAUCCGAUGACCUGGCCUCCACAAUCACCCGACCUCAACCCAAUUGAGAUGGUUUGGGAUGAGUUGGAUCGCAGAGUGAAGGAAAAGCAGCCAACAAAUGCUCAGCAUAUGUGGGAACUCCUUCAAAACUGUAGGAAAAGCAUUACAGGUGAAGCUGGUUGAGAGAAUGCCAAGAGUGUGCAAAGCUGUCAUCAAGGCAAAGGGCGCCUUCUUUGAAGAAUCUAAAAUCAAAAAUGUAUUUUGAUUUGUUUAACACUUUUUUGGUUACUACAUGAUUCCAUAUGUGUUAUUUCAUAGUUUUGAUGUCUUCACUAUUAUUCUACAAUGUAGAAAAAAGUAAAAAUAAAGAAAAACCCAUGAAUGAGUAGGUGUGUCCAAACUUUUGAUAGGUACCGUAUAUAUAUAUUUUUAAGUAUAUUUUCCUUUAUUAUUUUCCCCUAACCUUCCUACCUCUCCCCUAAUUGGAGUAAACUAAUGGACAACAACACUUAAGCUUCUACUUCCAGCUUAUACAUAUUAUAUACAAUUUACAAACAUACUAUAAACAUUUUACGGACACAAUGUAUUUUACAAUAGGAAUCUUUUGUUUGUUUAUUAUCCCAUCCAUCUACCCUCGGCCUCUCCCAUCUAGCUCUGAAGACCAUCCAGUCCCAUGCUUCAUCUACCCUCGACCUCUCCCAUCUAGCUCUGAAGACCAUCCAGUCCCAUGCUUCAUCUACCCUCGACCUCUCCCAUCUAGCUCUGAAGACCAUCCAGUCCCAUCCUUCAUCUACCCUCGACCUCUCCCAUCUAGCUCUGAAGACCAUCCAGUCCCAUCCUUCAUCUACCCUCGGCCUCUCCCAUCUAGCUCUGAAGACCCUCCAGUCCCAUGCUUCAUCUACCCUCGACCUCUCCCAUCUAGCUCUGAAGACCAUCCAGUCCCAUCCUUCAUCUACCCUCGGCCUCUCCCAUCUAGCUCUGAAGACCAUCCAGUCCCAUGCUUCAUCUACCCUCGACCUCUCCCAUCUAGCUCUGAAGACCCUCCAGUCCCAUGCUUCAUCUACCCUCGACCUCUCCCAUCUAGCUCUGAAGACCAUCCAGUCCCAUCCUUCAUCUACCCUCGACCUCUCCCAUCUAGCUCUGAAGACCAUCCAGUCCCAUGCUUCAUCUACCCUCGGCCUCUCCCAUCUAGCUCUGAAGACCAUCCAGUCCCAUGCUUCAUCUACCCUCGGCCUCUCCCAUCUAGCUCUGAAGACCAUCCAGUCCCAUGCUUCAUCUACCCUCGGCCUCUCCCAUCUACCCUCGGCCUCUCCCAUCUAGCUCUGAAGACCAUCCAGUCCCAUCCUUCAUCUACCCUCGGCCUCUCCCAUCUAGCUCUGAAGACCAUCCAGUUUGAUUUCUAUUUGCCAUAUAUUUUUAACUGUGCUGUUUCACAAAUGUUCUGAACCAACAGUAUAUACAUUUUAUGGACACAGUGUAUUUUACAUUAGUUAUCUUGUUGUUUUUAGACCCAUCCUUCAGCUCCACUCAACCCCUCCCAUCUAUAUCUUAACACCAUCCAUUUUUUUAAAUAUAAUUUGCCUGUGCUGUGAUGUUUCACAAAAGUUCUGAACCUUUGUAUUCUCAUAGUUUCUACAGAUUGUAAAUUAAAGAUAAUUUUUUUUGCUAAAA